UUCAUUUUUGUGUAUCAAGCGUUGAUAGCAGUGAUCGUGACCUAAGGUGAUCAGCUGAUGUGGCUGUAAAAUGAUACUCCACGCAGACCCUUAUAACUGUGCAAUUCGCGCAUCUUCGUAUUUGCAGCUGCGUCAGCGCUGAUUUCAGGAUAGAAGGCAUGAGGGCUCUCUUACUAAUACCGCUGUUGACCAUUGCUGCUGUAGUGCAGGCUCAGGGUGAUUGGUAUGAAUAUGAAGACCAAGAUGAUAACUGGGAUCAAGAAACUGAUUGGGGCCAAGGAGGCAUGGGUCUAGGUCAGGGAGGAGGCAUGGGACAAGGAGGAGGCCUAGGGCAAGGAGGAGGCAUGAGCCAAGGAGGAGGCAUGGGGCAAGGAGGAGGAAUGGGCCAAGGUCAAGGAGGAGGCAUGGGCCGAGGUCAAGGGGGAGGCAUGGGUCUAGGUCAGGGAAGAGGCAUGGGGCAAGGAGGAGGCCUGGGGCAAGGAGGAGGCAUGGGACGACGACAAGGAGGAGGCAUGAGCCAAGGAGGAGGCAUGGGCCAAGGUCAAGGAGGAGGCAUGGGCCAAGGAGGAGGCCUAGGGCAAGGAGGAGGCAUGAGCCAAGGAGGAGGCAUGGGGCAAGGAGGAGGAAUGGGCCAAGGUCAAGGAGGAGGCAUGGGCCGAGGUCAAGGAGGAGGCAUGGGUCUAGGUCAGGGAAGAGGCAUGGGGCAAGGAGGAGGCCUGGGGCAAGGAGGAGGCAUGGGACGACGACAAGGAGGAGGCAUGAGCCAAGGAGGAGGCAUGGGCCAAGGAGGAGGCAUGGGUCUAGGCCAAGGAGGAGGCAUGGGUCUAGGCCAAGGAGGAGGCAUGGGUCGACGGCAAGGCACAGGAUGGGGUCAUGGUCACCGUAGAGGUCAUGGAAUGGGUCAUGGAUGGAAACAUGGGCAUCGUGGAGGCUGCAAUGUCCGAAAUUGUCAGUCCUGUUCUGGUAAAUACGGGUGCACUCGCUGUAAGAACGGUUACAUCCGGGACACGAAAGGGGGCAAGGUGACCUGCAGGAGAACGCGCCGCACAGUCUUGCCCAGUUGCGGAGUGCGUGGCUGCGCGUCCUGUCAUCACCGACUGCUGCAGUGUCGUCGCUGCCAGGAAGGCAUGUACCGUCUCACUCACUUUAGCUUCGAUCGGUGUGUUAGCAAGUGCCCACGAGGCUUCCAAAUAAAGAACGGGACCGGACCAGUUGAUGGACCUUUCUGUGAGAAGAUGUGCGGUGUAAACAACUGUGAGGUGUGUCCCCGGUACGAGUCGUCCCUAAGACCGCAGUGUACGCGUUGCAAGGAGGGCUGGUACCGACUCCAAACCCAAAGAGGAAUGUUCGGAAGCCAAGACCGGUGUGUAAAAAGGUGUCCUUUCGGUUACCGAGUGAUGAACAUUACCGGACAAGCCCCGUUCUGCGACGAGGAAAACACAGCGCCUUGUGCUAUCCCCAAUUGCGCAGUCUGCCCGGCGCGCAGUGGCUUCUGGUAUAGGCGCAAGUGCACGCGUUGCCGAGACGGUUGGCUACGAUACUCGCGCUUCUCCAUGGAUACCUGUGUCAGAAGUUGCCCCCGUGGUUACCAAGUGUCAAAUGGAACUAACGAUGCAGAAGGGCCAUUCUGUCAAAAGAUGCCGCAAACUUGCCCUCAAAUACCCGGAUGUAUUGACUGCCCUAACACAAACAGCUGCACCAGAUGUAACUCACAGCUGAGCCUGCUUUUCAUGGAUCAGCGGCAUCAAUGUGUCGGGAGAUGCCCUUACCGCUUUUUGAGAAAGAAUGUUAAUGGGUCAUUCGUUUGCGAGUUGCGCGGAUCAGAGGAAGGCUGUCUAGACUCAAUGUGUUUCAGGUGCAAAAAGGGUUACUACUUUCUUGAGAAAGAUGGAAAGUUUUGUCAUAGAAGCUGUCCUAAUGGCUACUAUCAAAAGUACGGACGAUGCCUAAAAUGCUUGAAAUCGUGUGAAACUUGCAACAGUCCUAUGAAUUGUGAAACAUGCAAGAAAGGCUUGUUUAAGAUGAGCGUCUGGUCCAAUCCUCAGAACAACAUAUGUGUACGCGAAUGCCCUCUGGGUUACAAGGAGACAAAUGAGCAGAUCUGUCGAAAAGUGUGUCACGUGACCAACUGUCUUAGCUGCGAGAGUGUCAGCUAUCAUGGUCGGCGUCACUGCGACACUUGCAGGCCUGGUUACCACAAACACUCGAUCCACGCAAAGUUUGGAUUUGGCAUGAUCUAUGACGACGUGUGUGUUAAGGAAUGUCCCAAAGGCUACCGUGUGGAGAUGAACACAUUGGGGGGAACUGUUUGUGCGAAAGGAAACCCAACACCGGGUCCCCGACCAACUGCAUUCGAAAAGAUGUCGACGACUCCCGAUAACAUUCCGACUUCCUCCGAUGAGAUUCCGACCACUUAUGAGCUCAAAUCAACAACUAACGUCAAACCUUCCCCAAAAGGAGAGAAACUCCCCGAGUACACUACAGCCUCGCCCAACAAUGAAAAUCUACCUUAAAUGAAGCUACUUAAAGUCAGUGCAGAUGUUUUUAGCUAUGGGACAAUGACUGUUACUUAAGCGAACUAAUUUGUUUUGUAUACGAUGGUUUCAUAGAACUUUAUGCGCAAAAUGCUCGCGCGAAAUGUGUGCUUAGGACUAGAAAUAAGUGCUUGGAGAACUUUCUCAUGUAUUAAAACUCUUAUUUUUCCCCGAAACUUAACACUUUUAAAGCUACCGAAGAAUCGAAAUGUAUGCUGCAUUCCUACCAAACCAUGUUUAGUUAAACAAGGUUUUUCUUUGCCUGAUAACUGGCCAAGUUUCUCAUUGUGUUGAAUUCUUACUAGCUAAAUGAUCACUUAAAAACGUGUACAGCACAAUCUAUUCAGUUUUGUUCUUGGUUCUGUCCACUCUUGGGGGAUUGAGAUUUAAACCAAUUUAAUUAAACCAACCUUUAAACUUUUA